GGGACUUUGCCCCCAGGAGUCACCAACAAGGAGGUAAGGGGAAAAAGCCUUCCUUACAUUUCUGCUUCUUCAUGCAGUCUUCAUGCAAAGCGUGCUUGUAGAAUUAAAGAGAAAACCCCAAACAUGGUUUUCUUUUUUAGGCGAGGAGAACCUCACUGUCAAGUUUGUAGGUUGAGGUACCAGCAGCAGUGAUGCAUCAGCACCACCUCCUACUCUGCUGGUUAUAAUAGUUGCCUUUUCUUUGCAGAAAUUAAUGUUGUUUGGGCUAUAUAGACCCCUGUGGAUAUACUCUCAAUAUAAAGUAUACAUUUAGCUGUGGUUCUUUUCACUGGGUAACGUUCCUGCUCUUGGAAUGGAGGCAUGGACUUGCUCAAGGCAAUGCAGAAACCACAGUGAUGUGAAGCUCUUAGCACGGUUUGGGUUAGUUUUGGUAAAACUCAAUUCUGCUUUGGUACAGAGAAAUGAGAUGAGUGAUUUCUCCGAGAGCCCAUCAGUCCUAUUUUCUGACGUUCGUACUGAUAGUCAUCUGAAUGAAUGCAUAGAACUAGUGAAAGCAUGGGGAAGUGUUGCUGGGGGGCAGGCUGUUUUUUGUGCCCUUUUUCUUCCAGUUCAGUAGCAUGAAACAGAGCCCACUGGUGUUCCUGUAGAUAUUAUCUUAUACUCUAUUCAUCCAUGUGCUGACCAACACCAGGGGCUUUAUUGUGGGGUGUGUUUAUGCAUCCUGCACAAGACUUCAGUCCUAUGUUGUGUAAUAUAAUACAAAGAAUAGCCCAAAUUGGUGGCAGGACUGCUUCAGGAGCUGUAAGAAGUGGCUUUGGUGAAAGAGCAGUGCAUCUCAUGCACAGACAGUGAUGGAAAUGGUUGUGUCCCACACCCCGUGGGUCAAAUAACCCCUUUAUUUUUUUGCAUGCUCAUGUACCUAUUCUCAUAUAGAUGAGAAUUAUUCUCAGACAAAUGAAGAAAUCUUUCUAUUUGUAUUCUAAAAAGCGACUGCUUGCAUGGUAGGUGCUGUUAUGGGGGGAAAAAAAAAAGCAUGGCUUUAAAAAAAAAAAAAAAAAAAGAAGGAAAUAUGCCCUCCCUGUGCUUUGUGUGGUUUGAGGCAUUGCUCACCUGAUCCUUUGAUGUCACUGUAUUCAUCCAGCCAUAACCUGACGCUGUGGGGAGCACAAAAAAUAAAGCAGGCCAUCAUCCACCCCGACACAAACGAGACCAUCUUCAUGCCUUUCAGAAUGUCAGGUUACAUUCCCUUUGGAACACCCAUCGUUGUUGGUCUUCUUCUGCCCAACCAGACGAUAGCAUCCACUGUGUUUUGGCAGUGGUUGAAUCAGAGCCACAAUGCGUGCGUCAACUAUGCAAACCGCAACGCGACAAAGCCUUCUCCGACGUCCAAGUUCAUCCAGGGCUACUUGGGAGCUGUCAUAAGUGCUGUCUCAAUAGCAGUGGGCCUUAAUGUUCUGGUACAGAGAGCGAACAAGUUUACCCCCGCCACUCGUCUCUUGAUCCAGAGGUUUGUGCCAUUCCCUGCUGUUGCCAGUGCCAAUAUCUGCAACGUUGUCCUGAUGAGGCACACGGAGCUGGAAGAAGGAAUUGAUGUUUUGGACAAUAAUGGAAACAUCGUCGGCUCUUCCAGAAUUGCUGCAAAACAUGCACUGCUAGAAACAGCCCUGACUAGAGUGGUCCUGCCGAUGCCUAUACUGGUUCUACCUCCAAUUAUUAUGUCCAUACUGGAAAAGACAUCACUCCUGAGGUCCCGUCCCCGGAUGGUUCUCCCAGUCCAAAGCCUUGUGUGCCUCGCUGCCUUUGGCCUGGCCCUCCCCUUGGCAAUCAGUCUCUUUCCACAGAUGUCCGAGAUCGAGACGUCUCGCCUGGAGCCGGAGAUCGCAAUGGCCACCCCCAGUAAGACCGUAAUCUACAACAAGGGGUUGUAAGUGGGAGCUGCAGACCCCUCCACCCAGAAGAUCUGGGGAUGGAGAGGGGGAAACGUGAAAUGUCGACUGGGAGAGACAACACAAAUCCUAGAGCUCAGCGAUAGUCCUACUGCUCCCAGAGAGCGGGAGUGGGGUAACACUUUUGGAGAACUGACACCUCUCACACCACUCAACAAAAUUAACAUUAAACGUUUUAACUUAGCAACAGUGAGAAACUACAUUCAAACACUUUAGACGACUAGCAGAGGAAUGAUCUCUAAACUUCUAGCACUGCAUGGAGGGAAGUUUACGGGAUGGUUACAUGGCUGUACCUAACUACAUGGAAGUAGGCUUCACCCAGCAAAUUUUGUUUUCAAUGCGAAUUAAAUCACAGCACUGACACUGCACAAAAGUCAUUCUGCAGAGACUGAUGGGUGCGUGGCUUUGAAGCACUUGAUAGGGUGUUUGAUAAGUGUCUUGUAUUGAUUCCAUGUCAGCACUGCCCCAGCCACCACCCAGCACAUCAGCAAGGGGUUCAAGGUCCUGGAAAGCCAACAUGGGAUAGGAUCUUCGAGCAAAGUGGGUAGGGUUUGUCCUCUCUGUGAGUAAGGCAGUCUGAGCUACCUGGGUAGUGUUCCAUGAGGGAUUCAUGAAGAUGCUCCACUUUGAGUCCAGCUGUCCUUUGUUUGGAUGCAGUGAUGGUGUACUGCUGGGUACAGGAGCCACAUCCCACCUGGGUGUGUGGUCCUGUUGCCCCACGAACCUCCUCCUGGUUGAGUUUGGGGCUGUAAUUUGGCUUUCCAGUAUCUUUUACCCAAAAGUGUAAAGAGCGGAGUUGGAGUGUGGCCACUGGGAUUGUUACAGGGAUUGAGGUGUGGUGGUGAUGAGCACGGCCAAAUGCAAUGGUUGCCAUCAUGCCAAUGCCAACUUGUUGGGACGGGGGGAGGGUGGGGGGAGCAGGGAAAACCAAAUGUACACUGACGCAGAAUGUAUGCAAAAGGAUGCGUUGCAAUGUAUGGGAGUGGAAGCUGCACAGCAGAUUCUGUGCCCACGCUGGUGUGGAUCAAAUAAUUGCACGUUGAAAAUAAGAGUUUUGUGGACAUCCACACCAACCUGGAGGGGAGGAGAGGCCAGCAGUGGUCUCCCCAUCCCUGCUGCCAACAGGACAGCUCCCAGUCCCUGGCGCUGGUGGGAAUGCUGAGCUCAUGGAGGAGUUCUGCAUGUCCACCUGCAUAAGAGACAGCUGGAUUUGACCCAGCAGAAUUCUUCUAAUGCACUAGAUCAGAUGAAUGUACAGUCAGCACGUGCUUAAUGUAUGCUUAAAUACAUGCUGGCUCUGACGGCGUAACUGAGCCCAAAGCUGAGUGGACCAGAAGCCUCCAAGGUGGGUUUUGUUGCUGCCACAGCCGUUCUGCUGCAAUGCUGCAAAACUCAUUGAUCUCAGUCUUUUUCUUCUUUGGGGAGGGGAGUGACGAAGGCUUUGUAGUGGGGUGGUUUCUGCACGGAUUUGGUCUUGCGUCAUAAUUACUGAUCAAAGCUAGUGAGCUCCAGCUACCUGCGGGGUCUGCAGAUGGAGCGAGCGAUGUGCGGCGGGGGGUGAGCCGGCAGCACGCAAUGCCAACGGCUCUGGUUGGAGGAGAGCAGGCUGCAGAGUUCCUAAUACGUGCUGCCCUAUGAAAUAUGAGAAAGAGAUCCUGCUCCGCGGGUGAGGACUGGCCUCAGGGAUGUCAGAAGAGCAGCACUUGGGGAUUACGGCUCGGAUCAAACCCAGUUGCACAGCCCAACAAGUGACAAUCAGUCUAAAUGAGCCCAGAUUUGUCAUGUCCUGUACAAAUCCUAUCAAACUUGUUUCAUUUCAUGUAUCAGAAAAUGAGGUGGAGAGCUUCUGCUGAGAAGGACCCUUCUGCCUCCUGACCCAGCCUUUCCCAAGCUCUUGGUUCUUCCUGUUCAGCCUGGCAUUUGGAAAGCAAAGGGGCUUUUCCUGAGCAGUUCCUAAACUUCUCCAAAAUCCUCCACGUCUGUUGCAUUGAAAAGUACCUGCCACGUUUGUCAGCAGUACUUGUGGGGUGUGCCAUGGGGCUGGAGAGAUGAGGUUUGGCUCUGCAUCUCCCAGAACACUGUGCUGACUAUAGGUGCAUUGCAUAUAUAUAAUAUUUUUUUAUACUUUUAUAUAUAUAUAUGAGGGCAGUAGAGUUGAAACCCAACUUUGGAGUUGGGCUCCAACCCUACAGCCUGUCCCCUUGUCGUCAUUGGUCUGUCCCCUGCCAUGGGAAAAGCACAAGAUACGUUCAAGAGGAGGCCCACCACAUUUUGGUGGAUGUGUGGUCCCCUUUGGGCAACAGGAGCGUGGCCGUGUCCCCACCACGAGGUUCAAGAGGGCUCCACCAAAGCCUCUGCAGAUCCCACAGCUGUUGCAGCACUGGGACUCUUGCUUCAAAAGCAGCAGAAUGGUUCUGCAGACACCAACCUGACCUUUGGGGAAGCACCAGCCUGCAAAGCCCAGGGUUUCACCCAGGGUUUCACACCCAAAUCACUGCUGUCACUUUGGGGAAACGUCCUUGCCCUUCUUGUGCUUUGCCCAAGAGCUCAAGGCAACUGGGCUCCGAUCAAAAAGUUGACUCAGCAUGGAGCUUAACUCUUGGUACAGCCUGAGAAAUGAAAAGCAUGGCACUGGAAAGCGAUAGCACAUUAGUACUGUUUAUUAGGACAGCAAAUUGUGCCAAAAAAGAGCUAAUGAUAACAUUAUACACAUUCACUUAAUAGCUAAUUAAUCUCUUCGACUCUCCUAAUGUACAAAAGGAGCCUUGGGUUUGCGAGAACAACCCAACCAUUUGCAUUUAUUAUUUCCUAUAAUUGGGGAACUGGAAGAAAUGGGAAGGAAAAAACCCACCUCACACAUCAAGUUGUUCACCUCAGCAGAUAAUAAUAAUGAGAUGAUCAUCUCCAGUAGUAUUUAAUUAGAAAUGUCGCAGCUAAUUGAUUUCUUGGAUAUGUUAAUUAAGAAAUAAUGAGGACCAGGUUGCAGCAAAAGGUGCCAACGAGAAGUUUGAUUCCUUCCUGGAAGAGGUGUCCUUGGGCUGCUCCCCAUGGGUUGUCACCCCUGUCCCUGGUCCUGCAGUGUGCCGUGGGGUUAGGAAGUGAGCCCGUGGCUCAGUGGUUGGUUCCUUCCUCCUGGAGAAUGAAUUUUAGGAAGUAACCAGGUCUUAUCUUGCCAUCCCCUUCCCUUUGGAUUUCCCUUGCAGGAUGGAGGGAGUGGGUACCAACGUAUGGCACCACAGCUUCAAUAGGUCCCUGCCCUGCUUCUUCCCUGGCCAACCUGAUAUAGUGGUUGGCAACCCUGUCCGUGGCAGGGGGUUGGCACUGGAUGAUCGUUAAGAUCCCCUCCAACCUAAGCUGUCCUAUGAUUCUGUGAUCUUUGAGGUCCCUUCCGACCCAACCAUUCUGUGAUUCUAUGAUUCUAUGAUACAAAUAUUCUACGCCUUUGUCCCAUGUGCUCUCACAACCCAAAACUGUCUUUUGGGGAUUUUAUUUUUAUUUGUUUUGUUUUGUUUUGUUCUGUUUUGUUUUGUUUUUGAGCUGCUUAUCUGCUUUGCCUCCUUUCUCAGUUUUCCUUCCACAAGCUCAGGCACGGCUCCAUUCCUUUCUGCUCCACGCUCAUCAUUUUGCUCCAUCCCCACGCAACCGGAGCCGUCGCCCUCACAGACCUCAGGUUACGCCGGGUUCCCACUCACAGCCCCCGGCACCUCCUUGAGUCCCAUUGGGAAUCAGCCCCUUUUGACAUCCUGGUGGCUCUGUACGGCUGCCUUGGGGGCAUCGCUCCCGGCCACGUCUUCCAGCGGCACACCCCGGCACAGCCCCGAAACGCACACAGUCUCUUUUUAACCUUCUCAACAGAUUGAUCGACCGCAACACUUUAUGUAACACUUGGACGUGUCUGGAAUAAAAGCAUUUAAAGACUU